AUGCGCUACUCCUAUACUCUUCUUGCCUUUGCCGUCACGGCUCUGGCUCUCCCUCUCAACAAGCCCGCCGACGACGGUAAAUGGGCUCCUGGCAAAUAUGAAGGCAAGGGGACCAACUUCGACAAUGGGAAGUGGUCCCCCGAAAAGUAUGACAAGAGGGAAGAUGAUGGAUCCUGGCACGUCGGCAAGUAUGAGGGUGAGGGUACUGGCCACGAUGAUGGCAGGUGGACACCUACCAAGUACCCCGGCGACAAGUCCAACACCAAGAGGAACAACAAUGAUGGCUCUUGGGGGCCUGGAAAGUAUGAGGGUGACUGUACCGACUAUGAUGAUGGAAAGUGGACUCCUGAGAAGUACGACAAGAAGAACACUAAGAGAAAGGACGAUGGCAAAUGGGCUCCUGGGAAGUACGAGGGCAAGGGCACCGGCUUUGAUGAUGGCAAAUAG